AUGGUCGACGCAGUGCUGACGUCACCGACUAGUUCGCCCUUACUACAGCUACUCGAGGACUAUUCUAAGCAAACGUUGAAACACUACAACAGGACGUUGGUGCAUCGAGGGGUGUGCGUAUCGCGUUGCGGCCAGGCCGCUGCAGAUGGAGAUUGGCGGGAGGCAGCACAGCUUUGCGUCAACCAGAGCGUCCUUCAAUAUGGACUUGAGGCCCGGGUGAUAUCAGCAGAUUGGUGUAGCUCGCCGAGCUCGGACCUGCCCAGCAGUUCUGGCAGGUUCCUGGCAGUGGUAUGUAUAGCACUGCUGGUCCUGGCGGUGCUGGCGACCGCCCUGCACAUCCUUGGCGAAUGUUGCACUACAGUCGAAGGCAAUAAAUAUCUUCUGGCGUUUUCGUUGAAACGCAACUGGGCUAUACUGAUGUACGACAGGUCCAAGCCACGCACUGACGAUCGCAUGAAGAACUUGACGUCCAUGGAGGGCAUCAGAUUCAUCGGGAUACAAUGUGUCAUCUUCUCACAUGUUCUUUGGAUCUAUGUGUACUCCUACAUAGACAAUCCGCAGUUUGUCGAAAAAAUGUACGACCAUCUGGGUUGGAAGCUAGUGUUGAACUCGCCGCUGUGGCUCCAAGCGUUCUUCUCGCUGUCGGGAUUCCUCACAGCCUACUCAGUGCUCGUCUGCUCGGAGACCAGCCCCUUCACCUUCGCCAAGUGCCUGCUCUCCAUUGCCAACAGAUGGAUCAGGUUGACGCCGGUGGCGGUUUUCGCGCUGUGGUUCACGAUGUCGUGGUUCCCACUGCUGGGCUCGGGGCCGCAGUGGGCCUGGCUGGUGGCCCGCGAGGCGCACGACUGCACCCAGCGCUGGUGGUACCACGUGCUGUACGCCCAUAACCACAUCCCGCUUGGCAAGAUGUGCAUGGGGCACACUUGGUACUUGGCGGUAGACAUGCAGCUCCACGUGGCACUGGCCCUAGCGCUGCCUCUGGUCCUCCGCUGGCGGCGGAUGGCGGCUCUCGCCUUCGCCGCAAUCGCCCUCGCCUCAAUCCUCGCCCCCGCCGCCGUCGCGUACCUCUCCCAGCUAACGCCCAUCAUAACCGCACAGCCACCGGAG